AUGGAAGUAGUGAUCACCAUUGAUGAGCUCCGGCGAGCUGGCAUCAAUGUGACCGUCGUCCCUGUGAGGAAGCGGCUUCAAGUUGACGCGUGCCAAGGCGUGGAUAUUGUUGCGGAUGCCCCAAUUUCUGACUGCGCUGGUGCUGAUUUCGAUCUCAUUUUGCUGCCGGGAGGAAUGCCAGGCGCUACAACUCUUGGAGAUGGUGACAUUCUGGAAAGCAUGGUGAAGAAGCAUGCUGAUGAUGGGCAGCUCUAUGCUAGAUUUCGUGUAGCACCUGCUGUGGUACUUGGAUCAUGGGGUUUAAUGCAUGGUUUUGCUUUCUGGUUUGAUGUCGAAUUAAAUGGGUCUGCAGGAUUUUCAUUUUUUUAUUUAUUUCCUACUAGUGGUUGA